GAUUUUUAAGUCCCUUUUUUUGUAUUAAUAUUUGAUGAGAUUUACGAAUUGGGUUUUGUAUUUUGCUUGUUUCUAGAUCAUUUCUCAAUCACAUUUUUGUUCUUUUUUCUUACUAACUAUUACUUUGUAUGUUUUUGCUAAUCUCUGUUUUGUCAAUAUCUUGCUUAAAUUCAUGGUUUUUAAGAUUUGAUCAUAUCAAAAUCGAUUUUUUCUGCUCUAAUUCAUUUGGAUAUUCUAGACUUAGUUAUAAUGGUUCGGCGCUUUUAAGGUUUUUUUUCUUCUUUUAUGGAAAGAGUUAACUGGCUGUUCCAUAUAUGAACUUGGUUCUAGCCUUUUAGUCAAUUGCAAAAUAUAAAAUAAAAGGGCAGUUUGCUUGGUGAUUUAGUUUCUACUGGUGUCUCUUUGAUGCAAAACUGAGUCUAGUAUGCUAUAAUUUGAUCUCUCUUUGCAAGAUGCAGAUGCUCUACUUUAUGAUCAAGAGCAUAUUUUUUUUUCUUUGAAUGUUGAAAUUGAUUUACUUGGAUCUAUAGCUUAUUUCCUGCUCAAAGUUCUCUAGUUCAUACAAUCCGAGUUUCUGUGUUUCAGUGAAUUUUUAUGAGCUGUUGACAUAGCAGUAAAAGUUUUCAAUCCUUAAAUUUAACUCUUUAAAUGACUCCUAUUGAAAAAUAUAUGAAACCUUUUAAAGACUGAGUUUUUCAGCAUCUCUAAUGAUUAAAACAAAGAAUAAGACAAAAAAUAACUUUUUAAAAGAAUUCUUACAUUUAGAAGUGAAAGCACAAGGGCUUGUUUAUAUAUGAAGUUCUAUGUUGUUUCUGUACCAUGGUCCAGUGGUAAUAUUCAAAAGAUUGAAGUAUCACAUGUUAUCUUAUAAGGUCUAGUGCAUAGUUGAUGCAUAUUAUUCAAUCAAGCAUCUUAUAUUGCCCUUGCAGAUGAUUUAUUGCUUAUGAUUAAUUUCAUAGCUUUAUAAUUGUUGUUCAAAAGAUCUUAUCAAUUAUCAGUUCUUUGCUUCCAAAUUUGGCCUCUAGUUUUUUGUUAUCUAAUGACACUUAUAUCUGUUAACUUUUAAAGUUUAUACAAAAAUGAUGUGAUGUUUUACUGGUUAAGGGCAAGGACUAAACAUAGGAUUAGGAAUCUUAGGUGAGCUAUUAAUCUGUCACGGUUGUUGGGUGAGUUGUGUUUUUAUUUCCAAUCGAUUAUUUGGAUAUUUCACAUGAAUGAUCUGGCAUUUAUAAUAUGUCCUUGUUUUGAGCUUCUAAAAUCUAAGCAGUAGGAGCUUAAGUGGGAUUUCAGGUGCGAGGCAAGGUGUUAGCAAGUUGGAGAGAUCAAGGAACCAUAACGUACAUAUUCACUAGGAAAGUGAUUAGUACUACAUGCGUAGGGCGCUCAGGAUAGAUUUGUCUAUGUUGCAGGAGGGUGAAAGUGGAGUAGAGUUUAUUCCUUUUUUAUUCAAUUGACCUAAUAUUUGCUUCACAAGAAAGGUAUUUUCAUGAUACAAGGUUGGUGCUUCUUAGGUGAUAACUUCGAGUACCAGAGAAGAAACUUAAUUCCGAGUGCUUUUCAUUGUUGAUAUGGUUAUAUAGAAGAUACACUUGUAAAAUGGCUUUUGUUUCAGAGGAAGAAAAAACUGAGGAUUACCUUUUCAAGAUCGUACUAGUUGGUGAUUCAGCUGUUGGGAAAUCGAAUUUACUUGCAAGAUUUGCUAGGAAUGAAUUCUACCCAAAUUCAAAGUCAACCAUAGGAGUAGAGUUUCAAACUCAGAAGUUGGAUAUAAAUGGGAAGGAAGUUAAGGCACAGAUCUGGGAUACGGCUGGUCAGGAGCGCUUCAGGGCCGUUACAUCUGCAUAUUACCGAGGUGCAGUUGGAGCUCUUCUUGUGUAUGACAUCAGCAGACGACAGACUUUCGAUAGCAUUGGUAGAUGGUUAAAUGAACUUCAAACUCACUCAGACAUGAAUGUAAUCACCAUUUUAGUAGGCAACAAGUCGGACCUCCAGGAUGCCAGGGAAGUAUCCACAGCCGAAGGGAAGGCCUUAGCAGAGGCACAGGGUUUAUUUUUCAUGGAGACUUCUGCACUUGAUUCCUCGAAUGUAGCGGCUGCAUUUCAGACUGUCGUUAAAGAGAUCUACAACAUAUUGAGCCGGAAAGUUAUGAUGUCUCAUGAGCUCAAGAAGCAGGACGCACCAUUGGAUGGGAAGACCGUGGUUUUACAAGGGGAUGAGAACCAAGAACCUGCUACUGAGGCACCCAAAUCGGGUGGUUGCUGUUCAUCCUGAUGCUUAUCCAUUUUAACGAUUUUCCAUCAAGUUUCCACUGAAUUUGCUGAUAUUUCUUCUUCUCCAUGUCUUCAUUUGUUUGAAUAACAUUUGUUUUUACUCGGUCAUGCUUUGCUUUUAUCAUAUAUGGUGGCUGAAGAAGACUCAUAUGGAAUAGAAAUUAGAAGAUGUAAAUGAAUUUGAGGGGGAUUGGAAGGGGGUUAAAGAAAAGAAAAUCAAAUUUAGAUGACUAUAAAUUUUCGAUUCCUUCUUGCUUUCCACUUCCCCUCCACUUUGUUCUUUCUACCCCCAUUUUCCUGCAGGGCUUUUGUUUUCUACUGUUAUGUAAUAUGAUGAGACAGUGAUUUACGUAAUAAACCAUAUCUUUUUCCCUGAA